AAAGGUUUACUCUGCAGAUGUGUUCGGGGUAAAGAUCGUCAUUAUGUUUGGGACAUAUAAAUUGGCCCUCUGGGUAAUGACAGGUCUGUUGGCCGUCACGACUGUCUUCUUUAAUGUCUACAUCUUCUUGAUGAGUCUGUGGAACCACAAGCAGAAAAAGCAGUUGUGUCCCAGUGAAACCAUCAUCAUGGCUCUGUCGGUGGCCAACGUGGCUCACCAGCUGGUCUGUUACUUCUGGAUGACAAUGGAUGAGGUGGAUAGUAAGUGUUACAUCGCCCCGAUGUUCUACACUGUCAUGCUACUGUUAAUGUACAGCCUCAAGUUCACCAUCAUGUGGGACACCAGCUUUCUCACUUUUUACUACAGCACCAAGCUGGUGAUAACACCAAAUCACUGCUACACACAGAUCCAGGCCGCCAUCCUCAAGCACGUGACCUUAGCUGUUUUUCUCAUCCCUCUGUGCAGCCUGGGCACCUGCAUGCCGAUGCUCGGGGUGUUUCACCCUGACAACUACACCACAGCGAACAAAGACUGUAGGGCUUUAAUGCCCGACACGAGCUUUGGCCAGGUCUAUGAAGCCAUGUACCUGCUCUUCGCUGAUGUAGUGCCAGGGGUGCUCAUGGUGAAAUGCUGCAUCUCCAUCUCCGUCCACCUGGCCAUCCAUCUCCGCCACAUGAAAGCAAGCACCAACGGAGCCCACUGCCCAAAGCUGGGCUCUCAGAUGAGAGUGAUUCAGAUGGCUUUGUCUCAAGUGGCCGUCUUCAUCCUCUUCCUUGUGAUUGACCUGUACGUCCACUACCAGAUAGUGGUGAACCACGAGAACGUCAUUGCGCUCAUGUUCUUAUCCAUGUCCAUCUACACAACAGUCACCGCCAUGGUGGUGAUCUAUGGGAAAAAGACUUUUUGGAAAGCUCUGAUACAUGAAUUUAACGUCUGCCUGGAUGAAUAUCCGUGUUUGUCUUGUCUGAAGGUGCCUGAACAAAAGACUAAACCCAGCACUCCUGUAAAAGUUAAAAACUGAGAAGCCAAUUUGCUUCGCACUGAAAGUCUUUGUGCUGAAAUCAAUUGGUCAUUGUCUGAACUUAUUAAA